AUGACAAUCCCUGUCGCGGGUAAUGCUGAGCAACUGGUGCCAGACAGGUUUCGUGAACGCAACAGCGUCACAUUCAACCUUUCCAGUUUCGGCGCUGGCGACAGCUGUGUCCCGCUGAAUUAUCAUCUCAUUGUCUUGCCCUCCUCGGAGGCACCUCCUACAACCGGCCAAAGUAGUACUAGCAGCAGCAGCAGCAGCAGCAACAACAUGCGCCUAUCUUCUGGGGUUGGGCAAGCGACUGGUCUCGGACUUUCGGACUCUAUUUUCCGGGUGAUGCCAGGGCGUGGGUCGGACAGCGUUAGCUAUUCUGAGCGCCGGCGUCGUGAAGCACCGCCCGGGUCAAUUAAUGUAGUAGACAGACGGGGCACAACCCUCGUCAACCGGACUCUGACACGGGCUGAUCUCUUUGCCGUGCGCGGAGCAGGAAGACAGAGAUGCUGCUUCAACGUAACCGGUUUAAGUGCCGGAUCGUACUACCAAUACAGCGUGAGUGCCUCGAACCCAGCAGGGAAGACGCGGGUAUCUGGAUUCUUCGUGACACGCUACAGCUUCGGACGUAAGUUCGUCUACUCCGUGGUCAUCUAA